AUGAGAAGAAUUAGAAAUAUCAUUAGAUGCCUCAAGAAACAAGAUGGGACCAUUGUGGAAGGUCGCGACCAGCUGGGAGACUACAUUGUGCAAUUUUAUGAGGAUUUCCACAAAGCCAUCCCAACUAUAGAUCAUGUGGACCUUCUUGACUCCAUUCCCACGGUUCUUCAACAAAACGACAUUUUUUUCUUGGAUUCUAUCCCGGAUGAUGAAGAGAUAAAGAAGGCAAUAUGGGAGCUCGACCCGGACAACUCUCCAGGACUAGAUGGCUUUACAGGAGUUUUUUUUAGGAGAUGCUGGAAUAUUGUUGAAAGGGAGGAAUUUUCAGGCCAAUGUAUGAGCUUAGAAAAAAGCAAACUCUUCCUGGGGAAAAUCCCUCUUGCCAGGAAGCAGUGCAUCUCUGACAUUCUGGGCAUCUUGGUGUGUAAUUUUUCUACAAAAUAUCUUGGAGUGGAAAUUUUCAAGGGAAGAAUAAAGAAGGAGGCCUUGUUUCCGAUCAUGGACAAGGUUAAGAGUAGACUGGCAGGGGAGAUUGACACGGUGAGGUCGAUCACUGUCAAGUGGGACACCUUGUGCAAGCUAAAGGUGGAAGGGGGUCUGGGAAUAAGGAGGCUUAGAGAUUCUAACAAGGCCAUGCUUUGCAAACUUGUCUGGAAAAUGAGAAAGGAGAAAUCUGCUGCUGCUUCUCUUCUCAGAGCUAGGUUUGUCAAGAAAGAUGGAAGAACUCUUAGAGGCUGUCGCCCCUCCUUAAUUGCCUUAGGAAAAAAAAUGUGGAGUUUUGUGGAUGGCAAGGAAAGAUGGAUUAUUGGUAAUGGUCAUCUUGCUAAUUUUUGGAAGGAUAAAUGGUGGGGACAGAGAUCUAUAAUGGAGGAGAUCAACUUAGAUAAUUCCAGUUCUCUAAUCACUUCUACUACAGUGGGAGAUUUUAUUAGAGAGGGACAAUGGCAUCUUCCAGAGGUAAAUGCUCCUUUGCUUAAGCAGAUUUUUAAUCAGAUAAAAAAGGUUAAAAUUCCCUGUGUGCAGACGGAAGAUGUAAGCGUUUGGUCUUUAACGCCUAUGGGGAAUUUCUCCACGGCGUCAGCUUGGGAGGUCAUCAGAAAGGAGUCGCCUAAGUGGAAAGACCAGGUGUCAAUUGCUAGCUUCCUACUAUGGUGGAAGAGAAGAGCUACUGGCCUCAACGUUAAAAAGCCAUGGAAGAUGGGAGUUCUGAUAAUUACUUAUCAUCUAUGGUGGGAGAGAAAUCAAAGAAGGCAUGAGACUAAGGCAAGACAGGCUAAAUUUAUUUUUGAAUCCAUCAGACAGGAGCUGAUUCUCUAUCAUGGCGGUUCAUGUAAAGAGGUUAAGGCAAUUUCGGAUGUUAUAUGCUGCAGGAAACUGGGUUUAUCGAUUAGUCCCUCAGAUUCUUCUCCACCUCUUGAGGUGCACUGGUGUAGACCGGCCCCUAGCUGGAUAAAGAUCAAUGUGGAUGGCAAUUCCUUGAGUAACCCUGGUAAAGUUGGAGCAGGUGGUGUGCUGUGA